AUGCCGACCGCAACCGCCAAAGUUUCGGGCAAAGUGAUCGCCUCGGCCGACACAUAUGAGACGGUCGAGGGAAAUGUCUACUUCCCACCAAGCGCCAUCGACAAGUCACUCUUCAGUGACUCGGAUACCCACUCUGUGUGUCCCUGGAAGGGAACCGCCAGCUACUACGAUCUCACCGUGGACGGCAAAACCUUGAAGGACGCCGCGUGGUAUUAUCCAGAUCCCAAGGACAAGGCGAAGAAUAUCAAGGACCACGUUGCCUUUUGUGAGUACACAUGUUCCCUCUCUGAUCGGGAAAGUUCUCAUGGGAUUGCCACUAGAUAA